AGUCAUCGCCAGGAAUAUAAAGGGGGUAUGUACUGAUUUUGGUCCAUUCAGGCCUGCUGCUGCUCCGGGGCCCCAGGUAGACACCGAAACCAUGCUUGCCUUCUAUCAGCGCCUUUUCCCAUUUCGCUAUUUAUUCCAGUGGUUGAACCACGGAAUCGUACCAUCGCCAGACUUUGGGAACCGUGAAUUCGCGCUCACGCUUCAAAAUGAUGCCUAUCUACGAUAUCAGUCAUAUGCGACUGCGGAUCUGUUCCGUAAGGAUAUUCUCCGCAUGAACCCCUCUCGAUUCGAAAUCGGACCCGUCUACAACACAAACCCACGAGACCGCAAGACGCUUCGAGGUGGCCAGAUGAAACCGAUAUCCAAGGAGCUGGUAUUCGAUAUUGAUUUGACCGAUUACGAUGACAUCCGAUCCUGCUGUACGAAGGCGAACAUCUGUGAGAAAUGCUGGACUUUUGUCACAAUGGCCAUGAAGGUUGUCGAUACGGCUCUACGGGAAGACUUUGGUUUCGAGCAUAUAUUAUGGGUCUACUCGGGUCGUCGUGGUGCCCACGCCUGGGUGUGUGACCCGCGGGCCCGCAGCCUCCCCGAUGAUCGCCGCAGAGCCAUUGCGGGCUACUUGGAUGUUGUGCGAGGUGGCAAUUCGAGCGGCAAGCGCAUCACUCUCAAGCGACCUCUUCACCCCCACAUGUCUCGCAGUCUCGACAUCCUCAAGCCGUACUUUGCGCAAACGACGCUAGUGGAACAGGAUACCUUCCUGAGCUCCGAGCAGGCGCAACGUCUCUUGUCGCUGCUCCCCGAUAAGAGCCUGAACGAAUCACUGCGCAAAAAGUGGGAAUCGGCACCGGGCCGCAGCAGUGCCAACAAAUGGGCCGAUAUCGAUGCCCUCGCCAAGACCGGCAAGAGCAGCACUCUCAACCCCACAACGCUGCGAGACGCCAAGCAGGACGUUGUUCUAGAGUACACAUACCCGCGCCUGGAUUCGGAGGUCAGCAAAAAGAUGAUCCACUUGUUGAAAAGCCCAUUUGUCAUUCACCCCGGCACUGGCCGCAUUUGUGUACCGAUAGAUCCUCGGAAAGCGGAAGAGUUCGACCCUCUCUCGGUACCUACGGUUACCGAACUGCUGGCUGAGAUUGACGAAUGGGAUGCGGAACAUCCCAACAAUGCAGGAGCGGAAGUCGCUGAAGGCGAGGGCAGUGUACCUGAGUCUGAUGCCCGGGGAGGUCGUAAACUCCAGGAUUACGAGAAGACAAGUCUAAAGCCGUACAUCGACUAUUUCCGCUCCUUCAUCGCCGGGCUUCUCAAGGAAGAGCGGGUUGGCAAGCGCGAGAGAAACGAGGACGUGGCUGAGGCGAAACCGGAGAGCAUGGAGUUCUAGUUCACCCUUUUCAUGUGGUUCACAUUGUCUUUUGGUCGUUGGUUCUGAUGAACACCCGAUGAUGGUAUGAUUUUGGCAGCGGGUAUGGAGUAUUAUUGACGGACUUGGACAUGCGGGAGUUUCACUUAUACUAUCCACUUAUAACCCUCUUCUUAGAAUGCUUCGAUCAUAUAUGAUCUUUGAUGUAAUUAAUGGACGCUUUUCAUUCAUCCCCU